UUGUCGGUCAUUUUUUUUAUUUUUUUUUGUCCCUUCCAUCAGUGCUGUUCCCUCAUCCCUCCCCCUUUCCAUCCUCCUGACCCUGGCAAGAAUUUGCUACAGAGCAUGGGAUUAGUCUUCUGGGAGUUUCGGGAAUCAAGAUGCAAAGCCAUCACACGGAACAUCUCUACAAGAUCCUGGUGAUUGGUGACCUGGGAGUUGGCAAGACAAGUAUCAUCAAGCGUUAUGUCCACCAGAACUUCUCGCCUCAUUACCGCGCCACCAUCGGGGUCGAUUUCGCUUUGAAGGUUCUAAACUGGGACUCGGAUACUGUGGUCCGACUACAGCUAUGGGACAUUGCAGGCCAGGAGCGAUUUGGGAACAUGACAAGGGUCUACUACAGAGAAGCUGUUGGAGCCUUCAUCGUCUUUGAUGUAACAAGGCCGGCUACCUUUGAUGCCGUAACAAAGUGGAAAGAGGAUUUAGACUCAAAAUUGACUCUCUCUAAUGGUUUGCCAGUUUCGGCAGUACUUCUAGCCAACAAAUGUGACCAGGGCAAAGAUGGCUUUAAAAACAUCUGCACCAAAAUGGACCAGUUCUGCAAGGAGCACGGCUUUGUGGGCUGGUUUGAAACCUCAGCAAAGGAGAACAUAAACAUUGACGAGGCCUCCCGGUGUCUGGUGAAGCACAUCAUUGCUAGCGAGAGCGACCUCAUGCAAUCCGUGGAGCCGGACAUUGUAAAACCCCAAAUGAAUUCCUCCAAAAUAGCUAGUUGUUCUGCUUGCUUUAAAUCCUAAUUUGUAUUAUUAUAUAUUUUUGUUGUAGUUGUUGCCUUGGUUCAAUUGUUAAAUAAAAUCCACUAAGCCUCCUGCGGCAGCGGUAAUGAU